UUUCCCAAGGACUGCAUUCAUCACUGCGCCGAUGGAUUUCAAAGCGUUUGAAGAUGAGUCCUCCGAGGGAGACACGGAGGAUCUGGACAGCUUGAAAGCACUCACAGAAAAGCUGAAGUUACAGACUCGCAGACCGUCCUAUCUGGAGUGGCAGGAGCGGGUGCAGAGUCGACCGUGGACGGAGAGUUACUCCGCAGACAGUGCGGACUCUGGAGGACAAGUCGUGUCCAUGCCUGCAGCUGUGAGAAAUGAGAACUCAGAAGUGGUUGUACGCAAUAUCUGUGGCUUUGACACAAUCGAUGAUGCUUUGGAGUUUCUUAGAAAAGAGCUGAGGGAGAUGCAGGUUCAGGACAACCGUCUGGCCCGUCAGCUGAUCCGUCUGCGCGGGGAGAUCCACCGGCUGAAAGUGGAGCAGGUGUGCGAUCGCCAUAAGGAGAUGCUGGACGAUGCGACGUACGAGCUGGAGGAGUGUGGCGAGGAGUCGGACCUGCUGUGUGACAUCCCCAUGAAGGCUGCCUUCGCUCUGUCCACCCCGCUCAAACACCUGGGGCUCACCAAGAUGAACAUCAACUCCAGACGAUUCUCACUUUGUUAAAACCUCAACCUGUAUUUAUGUUACUGGGGAUGUCCCCCGCCUCCUCUGUGUUUGUGCCUGCUAGUUAUUAUGUUUAGCUAUUUCCUCCUCGGGAGAUGGUUUGGUGAUAGUGUGAAGAGUGGCCUGCCAGUUUUUGAUGCCCUUGGCUGGAAAUAAAAAAGGACCCCUUUCAUGAGCACCUUGGCCUGACGAGGAAGCCUCAGUGUUCAGACCUGCAGGGGCACACACCCUUAAUAGGCCACGCCUCCCUGCUCUGCUGUUGGCUAUUCUUUGAACAGUGCAAUGUUCGUCAGAGUAGAUAUAUGAAUACUCGGAGCUAGACUGAAAUGUAAAAGUAGAUAGGGAAUGGGCAUUAUGUUCAAUAUCCUAUUCCCAAUGAUUUGGUAUUGUUUAGACAGAGUUUCACACAUAAGUCACAGUGAGAACAGUACUUCCUGAGAGAUUUUCAUAGGAAUAACUAGAAGCUCACUCUCAGACAGUGUCUUGGGGAGCUUCAUGGUCUCUGUACAGAAGGGAGUUUUUCAGACAGGUAGACAGGUCAGGUUACUUUACAUAAGUGGUUCCCAACGGGGUCGCGACCCAGACAGGGGGUUGCAAGACAAAACUGAGAAGUUCUGAGGCAAUUAAAAGGAUAGGAACCAGAAAAAACAGAUCUUUCUCUAGUCUUCUAACCAAAUGACUCAUCUCUUCAGACAACUCUCUGUAUGAACUGUUUACAUUUAGUGAUGAUCAGGUUAUAAGUAGACGUUGCUUCAUUUUAAGAGGUCAGAAGCAAAAAGGUUCGGGAACUGCUGCUUUUCAUUACUAGUAAACAUUUUUGUGGAGUAAAAAAAAGUAUGAAGGUGGCAUAUCUGUUCCAGUCUGGCGGAAAUCUUCUGUAACUCUUUAAAGUAACAGUCCUUUAAUACAGCAACAUAUUCCAGCUGUUGAGGCCACCAUCAGAGUGCUGUCCCUGCCAGUAUCCUCAGAGGAAGUGGGAGGUCACACUCCAACAUUUUUACACCUCUUCUUCAUAAACCAAAAUAUCUCCGUAGCCUCACGACUGCAGUGACAGGUCCCGGGAGGCAAUGCCUAAUGCAUUUUGUUUUCCAUUACCAUGUCCAGAUGUUGCAGAGCACGGACUGGGAACCAUAUAUGGCUGGACAGUGCCCAAGUGUAUGUUGUUGCUCAGCAAUUUAGGGCAGGUUAAAUGGUUUAUUAUAUAGCUUAAUAUUAUUAGUAACAGCAAGUAAGAAGAAAACAUUUUUGUUUAGUGAUAUCUGACAAUGUUUGUUACUGUGUUAUAAACAACUAUAAGCAUCACUGUUAUUCUUUGCAGAUUGUUAAAUCAUGCUUCUGUAACAUGAAUGUAUCAACAUGACAAAUGAGUAUAAAAGCAAAGUGCCUUCAAAUGUAAAUUGCUAUUUAUAAGUUAUAUUUGCACAUACAACACACAAUA